AUGGCUGGAGGCUACUACGUCAAGACCCCGAAGUACUGGAUAAAAGCCCUCGACUUGGCGCAGGGCGCAGGUGGCAACACCGUGUCCAAGGAGGUCGGCCAGGCCAAGCUUUGCCGCGCAAGGGAGGGCAAAACCACGGAUGCCGACAGGCUUGAGAAGCACAUCGAUUUGUUCAACAACAGCCUGAAGCUUUCACCGUCGCAAGCCCAUCUCAUGUCCGACGGCGCGCUGAGGACCCUGAUCGACAAGCUGGAGCAAGUCAGACCGCAACCAGUGCGGCUGCCCGAGACGAAGCAGGGUCUAACAUUGAGGAAGUUCCAGUCUUUGCCUGACUUGACGCUGCGGCUCUCCUCAAACAGCGAUCCCACGUGGACCGAGCUCGUCUGCGUACUCGACCCGAUCGGCAACAACAAGAAGCACACCGUCGACAUGCUCAACCCGUCGUACCACGCGAUCGCGAAGCAAGUUGGGAAGACGGCUUACUACGACUUCGCAAAGGAGGAGUACCUCGGUGAGGCCAUCAUCAAGCUCAUGUGCAUGAACAGCGCUGAGGGGGAUCGUAGGCUCAGGGAGGUGGGCGUCGAAGCGAAGAAGGUGUUCAGUUUGCCAGAGGACUUGCAGCUGGAGGACUGGGUGGUGGACUUCAGUAUCCAGGUGUCUCUUCUUCAUGAAUGUGUGGACUUCAUCGUGGAUUCGUACGCUGUCGGUGCCGACGUCGAGGGCCCUCGGCGCCUUCUUCAACAGAUCCAGUCGUCAGCUGCUAACGCUCUGGCCGACGACUUCUUCUCCGUGAUCGCGCCGUCGCUGGCCAAUUGUCAUCGCGCGCAGACCUUGCCCGCAGAAUACGUCAAGCCGAACGCGAAGUACGACGAGCACUACCAGGAGGCGAAGGCCAUGCUGAACAAGAUGGAGCCCGCAGCGAAGAAUGGCGAGCGCGAGACGCCUUCAGCGUUGACGAACGUCUGCGCCAAGCUGUUGGGCUGGGAGCAGUGCAUGCCCAAGGGCUCCUGCAGUCGGGCCAGGGACUUGCUCUGGACGCGGGUGAUGAGCACCUAUCAGGCCCAGGCUGGCCACAGCGAGGAGUCGAACCCAGAAGUGUCCAGGGCGAUCAUAUCGGAUCGCAUGACUACGAACAUUGAGCUGAAGGAGUUGCUUACAUUGCCAGGGAAGUGUUCGUUGAUAAGGUUGAACCGCGCUAUCGGCUCAUUCGAUCAGGGGAAGAGGGUAACAGAUAUCAGCGACAUGUGCAUCGAGUACCAGACCACGAAGGACAUCAAGACGUUGGUCAGGCUGGAGAACGUGCUGGGCCAGCUCCAGGAAGGGGGGGCCCUUCCCCAGGCAGCCCUCGUCUCCAUCCCGAAUGCGGUCAAGCACGCUCCGCAGCACAUGAUCGAGGCGGCCAAGAGGGACAGCGAGCAAGCCCCAGGAGAGUCUUCAGACACGGAUGGCAAGUACGUCGAUGCGGUCUACCUCAUCACGAGCGCUGUCGGACGGAUGGUCCCGUUCCUCAAGGCGAGCACGGAGCAGAUCAUGAUCAAGCGUGGCAAGUGCGCCGAGGGCAGUGUGGCUACAGCAAAGAACUUCGCCAACAUGAUGGAGGUGACCAAGUGCGUGAUGGCGAUGGGCCCAGGCGCGGAUGCACGGUCCAAGUCAGAGCAGUGCAUGCCUCGCUUGCUGGAGCUCGGUCGGGUCCUGACCUCCUUCGAGAGUGCGAUCCAGACGUGGAAGGGGGGCGGAGGAGACCCGAACUUCGGUCGCAGCGAGUGCGAGCGCUCCGUGCAGACCAUGCAGGAGGUCGCCACGGCGUUCAUCACGAACCUGAAGAAUAUCUACGGCAUGAAGGGCUCGACGGCACCGACUUGGCACGAUGGCCUGAGUGCCGACGUGAAGUGGGCGCAGCUGCUCGAGACGAAGCAGGCUCGCGACUUCCACGCGAACGUGCACCUGGACGUACUGAAGGCCAAGUGCCAGGAGGUGGGCCAGGUCUUGCGCCAGCACGACGACAUGUUCGCGUCCGUGAAGAUGUUCGCCCUCAAAUGGGACGAGAUGAUGCAGCUGCGCGCGGACCUGAGCGCGCUGUACACGGAGCUCCUCAGCCUGGACAAGGCCGGCAAUUUGAGCAUCCAGAAGGCAGAGCUCCGCAGGCACGCGAUGGCUGCCAAGGCGCUCUGCCGGGACAUGGGCGGCGAGCAGGCCGCGAAGGCGGUCUUCGCGCCCAUCGCCAUGAGGAUGAAGCUCGCGCUUCAGGGCAGGGCCUAG